GACAUCGCGUUUUCCAACCCGGAAAUGGCAUGCACCAGGAAUUGACCAUUGGAAUUGGAAUUGACAGCACUCCCGAAGAUGGCGGGGGUGUUUGAGGUGGAGGUUGAUGGUGUGGAACACGACCAUGGACUCGGACAUCACGAUGAAACGAAUCAGGACUUGUCCCAUCUGUCACCAGAGGAGAAGUGGAGACUGGAGCACGCCAGGAUGCAUGCCAAACACAAGGGCCAUGAGGCCAUGCACGCUGAGAUGGUGCUGAUACUCAUUGUCACCCUGGUCAUCGCCCAGCUGGUCCUUGUGCAAUGGAAACAGAGGCACCCCAAGUCCUACAACCUGGUGACUUUGUUCCAAAUGUGGGUGGUUCCUCUGUACUUCACCACCAAGCUUCACUGGUGGCGGUUCCUUGUUACAUGGUUCAUCUUCUCUGUGGUCACAGCAUACGUGACAUACCGUGCCACACGCAAGCCCCUAGAGUGCACCACGCCCAGGCUGGUCUACAAAUGGUUCCUUCUCCUCUACAAAAUCAGCUAUGCCACAGGGAUAGUCGGCUAUACUGUUGUCAUGUUUACAUUGUUUGGCAUCAAUUUGAUAUUUAGAAUAAAGCCAGAGGAUGCGAUGGAUUUUGGUGUGUCCUUGCUGUUCUAUGGUCUGUACUAUGGAGUCCUGGGUAGGGACUUUGCCGAAAUGUGUGCAGACUUCAUGGCAUCAACAGUGGGGUACUACAGUGCGUCUGGAAUGCCUACCAAGCACCUCUCAGACAGCAUCUGCGCUGUUUGUGGCCAGCCAAUUCUGGUCGACGUCAGCGAAGAGGGAAUCAUCGAGAACACUUACAGACUAUCUUGCAACCAUGUAUUCCAUGAGUUCUGUAUACGAGGAUGGUGCAUCGUGGGAAAGAAGCAGACAUGCCCAUACUGCAAAGAGAAGGUGGACUUGAAGAGGAUGUUCAGUAACCCCUGGGAGAGGCCACAUGUCAUGUAUGGACAACUCCUGGACUGGCUCCGCUACCUUGUCGCUUGGCAACCAGUAAUCAUUGGACUUGUGCAAGGCAUCAACUACAUUCUGGGGCUGGAGUAACUUGGAAGUUGGAGGAGAGGGAUCAAAGCUGUAUGGAGAUGGAAGAUACUGUACUGGCCAGGCUAAAGGACACUUGGAUGCCUGACCAUGGACUAUAAGAACGUCUUAUAAACUGUCUAUACAUGUACUAUUUGUAUAUUUAUAGGCACUUAUCUGUAUUUAAAAUUCAAUUAAUUUUACUAGUAACCUGGGUUUGGAUGUCUGUUUUUAUUUAGAUUUUUCUUUUGUCAAUCAAAAUGCAUUGUACACUGCAGUGCUCAGUAAAACACUUCUGUUUUUUAAAUGGACAUACUGUACUUUUUCAAAAAUCAUGUCUAAACUUUUGUUGAUUUGGUUGGUUUCUGAAGCAAUGAGAGGUUGACCCAGCCCAGAUAAGUGGGAGGAGCGUUGUAUUGCCAGUCUUUUUGUGUGUUAAAUCUGCACCUUUUGUAAUGUCCUAGUUGGAAGUGCUGCUGGGGUGGGGUGAAGGUUUCAGGAGUACUGUUCUUAAGACAUCCUAUUCUAUGCUACUACAGACUGCCAUCUCUUUAGGAGGGGCUCUGCCCUUUCCAAUAUGCCCCCCCUCACACCUCCAUAAGACAGCCUCUCUUGUCUGUGUUAAGCCCGUCGGCUUCCCAGGAUCAGGUACUGCAAAUAGGUGAAUAACAUAAUUAUGAUUGUCUAUUUGUCAUGUUUUUGCUUUCUUGGUUGUCUGUUAAUAAAUGUGACAGUCAAUAUUAGGUGUAGUUAAUUAAACCA